CUGUGCUUUAUUGUUUUUGUUCUAUGUCCAAUACUUGAUCUUCUCAUUGUCAGUCAUUGAUCAUAUUGAUUAGGUUUUGGCAAACUGGACAAAAGAACGUCAAGUUUGCUGCUUUGGUAUUAUCAGGCAAGUUCCUGUUUGGCUUCUCAUCUCUUUUUUUAUCUGAUAUAUACUCAUUGUAGUAUUGAGAAGUAUCAAAAUUCAUGAGUUUGUGCGCAAGUAUGAUUUCUAUUUCAUGGAAAUCCAGGUCAGUUCAGAGAGUUGUCUGAUAAUCUAAGGGAAGACUUGUAUCUAUAUCUAUAAUUUAUUUUAUCAUAAUAAUUGUACUUAUGGUGAUAUUUCAAAAGCAGCCAAUAUGUAAAGUGUGGGACCUUAUUUGCCUUGUCUAUCUGCCUGCUGUUGACAUCUGUGCAAAACUUCUAUAUUGUGCAAGUUGCAAACAUGUUCAAUGGAUAUAUGUUUUCCUUUUCAAACAUACCCUUGAUGAAUAAUGAAUGCAUUCUUCAUUUAGGAUUUGUAUAUAUAAUAUGUAUAAUAAAUGGAACUAAUCUACUCUUAGAAAUCCUCCGAAAAACCCUCUAAAUUACGAUCUUCCCUUAUUUACAUAGUCAACUGCUUUAAGUUUACACAAAAUUAACAAUCAAACAAAUUGCUUAAAAUCAGGGAUCAACCAUUCGAUUUCAAUAUUUCCCCUUAAGCUGGUCCAAAAACAGCUUGCCAAUCAUGGAGUUGAAUGUAGGAUUCUUAACUCCCUUGGUAAAGAUAUUAUCUAGUUGCAGUUUAGAUGAGACAAAAGGAGUGCAAGUUAGUUUGCUAUCAAUCUUUUCUUUAAUGAAAUGUCAAUCAAUCUCAACAUGCUCAAUCCUGUCACACCGGAUUGAGUUGUGAUCAAUGCUUAUAGCGGCCAUGUUGUCACAAUAUAGUCUCAUGGGAUCUUCAAGAUUCACAUGUAGUUCCCCCAAUAGGCCUUUUAACCACAUGAGCUAACAAAUUCUAAGUAGCUCAGAACUUAGCCUCAACACUAGAUCAAACAACUAAUUGUUACUUUUUUGCUUCUCCAAAAAAUCAGGUUGUCUCACACAAACAUAAAAUACCCUGAAGUAGAUCUCUUUUUAGUAAUAGAACUUGCUUGUAUCCAUAUAAGCUUAAGAUGAUUAUUCUUUGGGAGCAUGGAGCCUUUUCCUACUGUUGACUUCAAGUACCUCAAAAUUCUCAAGACAGCAUUUGUAUGACAUCCUAAGGAAGAGUGAAUGAAUUGACUUACCAUGCUAACCGCACAAGUUAUAUCUGGUUUUGUAUGGGAUAAGAUAAAUUAACUUCCCAAUUUUGGAGAUGGAGAAUUGUUCAUUGUUGGAUUUUGUAGAAAACUUAAACUCUGGAUGAUAAGUUCAAAUUCUGUUGUUUUUGUCUAGGUGUUAAUGUUGUGUUCCAUUUUCUUUUGGUGCCUCUUGUAUACUCCUAUAUACAUAAGUUGUGCCCCCUUUUUUUGUUGUUGCUGUUUAAUAUGUGGUUUUCUUAUCAAAAAGAAAAAAGAAAAAAAAGGAAGAUAAAUUAACUUCCAAAUGAGUCUUUGGUAUCUCCCUUUGUCAACCAGUAUUUCUUUAGUAAUGACACUAAUUGAUGAUUUUAAUUUUUAAGUGUAUCCAUUGGUUUCAUCCAACAUCUUGAUUUCAUUUAACCAAUUGAGGAUAUACUUCCUUUUGAGUCACAUAAAUUCCCUUUUUGAUCUUGCAACCACAAUGCCAAGAAAAUGUAAAAGAUUUCCUAGAUCUUAAUUUUGAAUUCUAUGGCCAACUUUCCCUAAGGCUGGAGGGACUAACAUCGACAAUUGGAGCCAAUAGAUGGAAAGGAAAAAAAAUGCUAUUGAGCACAAGGCUCUAAUACCAUGAAAAUAAUAAUGAUUUCUGAAUAAUAGUUGUGUAUUAACUGGAUCCUUUCACAACCUAUUUAUAAUGUUUACAAUGGGAAAAAGAACAAGAAACUACUCUAUUCUAGGCCUAAAAUUACUCAACUAAAUCAGCUAUUAAUUACAGAAAGUAAAUCAACUACUAAAUUAGCCCCUAAAGAAGUAGAUCAGAAAAUAAAAGAAGUCAAUUGUAUAGAAAAAUAAACCAAAAAAUGAUUGCACUGAUUCUUCAACAUCUUCCUUGGAUAAGAAAUGUCCCACUAUGAAAGGGCAUAUCGCUCAAUCAUUGGUUCGGAUUGGAUGUAGCUUUUCUCCUGGGCAAAAUACCUAAUAUUCAGUAGUUAAGGGUUGAGAUUUUGUUGGCCAUCAUAAAUGGAAACUAAAUAGAAUAAUUAACCUAAUCCUAAAAAUUCUUGUAGAAAUCCUCUAAAUUACAAUCUCCCUAAUUAUGUUGAGAGUGGAAUCUGCAUGUAUUUGUGUGUGUGUUUUGCAAGAAGGGAGGGGUUUAGGUUGGACUGAGUAUAGUUUAUGGGCUAAGCCUGGGGUAAGGCUUGAAUAAAUUGUAUAACUGAGUUGUUUCUUCCUAACUUGGUAUGAUUUGUAGUAAGGAUUUAUCUUCAAAGGAUGGAGAUAUGAGUUGGUGCAAUUGUUCCUUGCUCUCAAAGUAAAUGGAAGUUCACAUUAAAAUGUUGUCAAUGGAGACCUAUCAACUAGUUGGAACUGAUCUUUUAUUGAAUGGAUCUUCUGUUAUCCUUUUAUGUGAUUUAAAAGAGUGUGUAUUGGGAGAGGGGAGUGGUUGGGAAUGGACUAUAAGAAUAUGGUUCAUGGGCUAAGCUUGGGGUUAGGUUUGAAUAAAUUGUAUAAUUGAGUUGUUGCUUCCGAACUUGGUAUGAUUUUUAGGAAGGUUUUGUUUUGAAAGGAUUAAGGUAUGAGUUAAUGCAAUUGUUCCUCGCUCUGAAAAGGAAAUAAGAAAUUACAUUAAAAUGGUGCCAAUGGAGAACUAUGAACUAGUUGGAACUGAUUUUUAGUAGAUGGAUCUUCCGUCAUCCUUUUAUUUGAUAUGAAUUACUCCUACAUCUAAAGAAGUCCACUUUCAUUUGUUGGAUUUCACCUGAAAGGCCUGAGAUGAAAUACACAACACAUAGGACAGAUUUAGAAGAGGAAAGGAUCCUUUCUCAAUGUUACGACCUAUUAUGUGGAACCUCUCUCAUGGGUGUUGUGUGCUUCCUCAUAGUUUUGGGUUGAGAUAAGGAACUGUGAUUCCUUGAGUAAGUGGAAGUCUAUGAAAUUCUUUGGUUAAAUCACCUGCAUUGCAAACUGGAUUAGAGUGCAGGAAUUUGAAAUUUUGUCAUUUACUUGAGUAUUUGGAUUAGAUUGCCCUUUUGCAACGACACUAUGUGUGUGAAUUUGAUCAGGAAGUCAGAAUGAUAUAAUCUUUGCUGUGUGAAUGUAAUAUCAUCAAAAUGAAGUCAUGCUGGGAAAUAUAUCUCUAAUAUUGCAUUAGUUUUGGGUGGGUUCCUAUUGAGGGAGGUCUUUUUUGUACAUCUUGGGUGGUCAUUUUUUUUUGGUUUCAGCUGUAAGGGGGUGAGUUUCUUUCAUCUGUACAUCUUGGGCUGCUAUUUUAACGCCUCUUAUUAAUACAAUACCUUCACUUACUUAUCAAAAAAUAAAAUAAAAUAAAAAUUGCUUUUUUGAUGUGAAGGUAAUUCAAAUAUCUUACUUUCUUAUUUAUUUACAGAAAAUACUUCAUUCUGGCCAGCUUUCUGGUUUGUAUAUCUGUGGGCAUGUUCCUUGUUUGAAUUUGAACUUGUUCAUAUGACCAAAAUAGGCUUUGAUUGUUGUAAAUUUAGUUCUUCAUUUUGAUUAUUUGGUUUGGUUGUCAAAGUUUUCAUUCAAGAUUUUCCAAGUACCAAUAUAUUACAAUAUUUUGUAAAUAUCAUAAGUUUAAACUAUGUGGUGAAGAAGAUAUCUCCUUGGGAAUUAUUGUUAACUACCCACCUUACAGUUCUUAUUUGAAAGGGGGUUGCCAUACUUUGAUUUUUGUACUUUCUGCUAUAUAUCCCUAUUCAUUUUCAUAUUUUUUUUUGUCUUUCUGUUGCUAUUUAUAAAUUACCUUCCAAUUACAUAGUUAUAAUUGGAUUGAUUCGGUAAUGAAUCUGAUCUUAUCUUUAUUGAUGUAAAAUCUAAUAUAAAAUUAAAUUAUAAACUUUUGUACUCAACAUUUAAUUAUGUUCAUUAUUCAUGAAGUUAUUUCCUUUCCUUUAAGUUAUUUAAUUUGAAUUGCUGUAGUGUGGAGCAUAAUGUUGCAAGUUUGUUUAUGUGUGGAUCCUAGAAUGGGAGGUCCACAUAUUUUCCAAUAUUUUAUGCGUCAAUUCCACGCUGGAGACUCGUGUCACCCUUCCUCAAAUUUAUCAAAAUCAACCUCAUUGCAUUAUAUACCAUCCUCACUAAAAGCCAGCUCUGCCAAACACUGCUCUGAUAUUCAUAGUCUAGGGUUUCGAUGAGUUCUUCAAGUUCAACCAAGGCAGGUAAAGGAAGAUCCAGAGCCUCAGCAUCCGUCACCUGUUCUCGGAGAGCUGGACUCCAGUUUCCUGUCAGCCGCAUCAGCCACUCAAUAAAGGAUGGAAAUUAUGCUGAACGUGUCAGCAGGACUGCUCCUGUCUACCUGUCCGCAGUACUCGAAUAUCUUUCUGCUGAGGUUCUUGAACUUGCAGGAAAUGUAGCAAAAGAUAAUCAGAAGGCUCGCAUUCUCCCCCGGCAUAUUGUGCAUGCCAUGAGGAAUGACAUAGAAUUAUGCAGGCUCUUGGAGAAUGUCACAAUCGCAGAUGGUGGUGUUUUGCCAAAUAUUGAUGAAGACUUUCUGCCUGAGGAGGAGAAAGGGAAAGGCAAUAGAUCUGCUACCGAAGAGCUGUAGGGUUUUUUCUGUAUGUAGUUCAUUGACCAUCUUCUCUGUGUGAUGGUCUUGAUUUUUAUCAUAAAAUUUUCAAUUCUAGACUUUGUGACUUCUGUUGUUAUCUAUGGUAUAAAAUUGGUAGCAGAUUGUUGAAGUUGAUAAAUUUUUUAUUUGUUCUC